UAUAUCAACCUUUGUCCUCAGGUAAUUCUUAAACAGUGAUAACAUGGCAUCUUCCUACGACAAUUCCUCUGAGGAACAAACAGAACUACGCAGACUUCAUCAUAAUCUUAUCUCUGAAAUUUACGAUGAUUUAGUUCAAAAAAGCAUAGAGUAUGAAAAAUUAUUUUUUCAUUUCGGAACUUAUGUGCCUCGAGGAUUAAUUGCCAAUAAAUCGAGUCUAGAUAAAUUUGAAACUUUAUGCACCAGAAAAAUCAUAACACCAGGAGAAAAUUAUGAAAAAUUGAAACAGAUAUGUCGAGACAGUGGAAAUGAUAUUUAUGUAGAUACAAUAGAAAAAUAUGAAAAGGAAAUGGAAAAAGUUCGAUCUCAACAUAGAUAUACAGGUCCACAGGAAGCUGAGAAAAAACAUACAGAAUCAAAAAGAAAAUUUACUGUUCCUCAGACAGAACAAAAAGAGGAUAUAAAAAGACUCAAGAUAGAAGAUUCUCCUCAACAAAAACAGUUAGAAUAUGAAAAGGCUAAAUCAGGUUGUCGUACUCAAUUGAUAGAACAUUAUCGCAGUGACGUACUUAAAGUAUCAGCAAUACCUUUACAACCAGAUGAGGAAAAUUAUAAUUUCAGUGACGUUUAUAUUAGACCCACUAUAACAAGCAAAAUAGAAAAGAAUAGAGGGGAGUCUGAGGAAAAAGAAAUAGAGUCCAUGUCAGAGAUUUUCACAAAGAACGGGGAUCCACAGAAAUUUAUUUAUGUUGUUGGAGAUGCAGGGUAUGGUAAGAGUAGUUUCUGUAAAUAUUUGAUCAACUGUUGGUGUAUGGCACACAGUGAUGGACACAAUGAAAAUGAUGAGUUUGAAGGAGUCAAGGAAAUGAAGAAAUUUGAUUUCAUGUUUUAUAUUUCUCUUAGACAUAACAUAAAUGUCCGAAGUAUCCAGGAAAUGCUUGAAAUGCGAUAUGGUAAGAUAAAAAAUUUAAGUAAACUUCUUGAAAAUGAUUCUGAAAAGAUAAUUAUUUUGCUUGAUGGUUUAGAUGAAUGGUCUUUUGACAGUGAGACUAGGAAUGAGUUCCAGACAGGCCUUCCGGAACGUGACUUUACAAAGAAAUACACCAUUGUUACUACAUCACGGCUAUGGAAAAUUCACAGUUUGAGAGUAAGUAAAAGAGAGAUUCAUCAAUUAUUGGAAUUAAAAGGGUUUGAUAAAACACAUGAAAAAGAAAUGAUUAAGAAAACAAUAACAGCAUUGAACGAAUUAUUAGAUCCUAAUGUGUGUGAACAAAAGCUUAGGAUACCGUCUGUGGUUGGCCUGAAACAGGUACCAAUUAUGCUGCAACAAUUGGUUUGUCUAUGGUGUGAUGGUAAACUCGAUAAAACCUCAAGGUGUGCUAUUUAUACUGGUAUGUUAGAACUUUAUUUCACCUGGAAUAUCAAUAAAACUUUAGGAAAUAAUACAGAAUGUAUGGAAAGUUCUCAGAAUGUUGAACUCCCUCAGUAUUUAACAGAUGUAGAGAUAUGUAGAUUAAAUAGUCAUCUUAUAUAUGGUGUGUCGCACUUGGCUUAUGAGACAUUGUUCAAUUAUCCAAAAGAUAAGUCCUUAACAUUUGACAAAUCUGUGUUUGAUGAUUUAAAAAUAUCACAUGAAAUGCGAGAAACAUGUCUGAAACUGGGAAUUUUGACAGAAGAUAAAUGUCCUUCUUUAUCUGUAUCUAAACCUAAAAGCUCAUUGUUCUCUUUCAUUCACAAAUCAAUGCAAGAAUUUAUGGCUGCAGUGAAUAUUGGUAUCAAUUUAAAUGCAAACAUUGGUUUGUCAGAUAGUACAGUAAAUGUUGAAUUAGCCAAGACGUUUAUUAAAGGGGCAUGUUCAACAGUAAAUGACAUAUUAGAGCAAUCAAAUGUUAUCAUAAUGCUAUGUGGUCUUGAACCUAGAUUAGCAACUAAUGUUUCAAAAUACAUAUAUGAUACAGUGUCAGAAGACUCUGGUGUUCAGGAAUACAGGAGAACAAUAAAUAGACGAAGAGAAGACAUUUUUGCAAUUCGUGUUAUGGUUUCUGAAUGUGAUACUAGACGUAUUACUGAUAUUCAAAGGCUUAUUUUUGAGUUAAUUGAAGAAUGCAAUUCAUCAGAUAUUCAUGGAAGCCGUCCUGUAUUUUAUAUAGGAGAUUUUGUCUUUGAUGAAUGGAAUCAGUCUUGUGAUAUUGUUUGUUCAGGUAUUGAUCAGCAUCAAAUUGUUCCUGACUCUGUUCUGUCUAUUAUUGUAGAUGUCUUCAACACAAAAAAUGUUAAAUUUACAAAAUAUUUACCAAUGUUUCAUCAUCUUGAAAAAAUUACAAUAGAAUAUGGAUGUGUAUCACGAAGGUUUAGUACACAAAGUGAUAGUACACAGAGUAAUGAACAGAGGAUUAAUGAGAUAAACAAUUGUGUAUGUGAGACAAUUAAAGUGAACACUUCAACAUUAAAAUCUCUGUCUCUAUAUAAUGUCUCUUACGAUGACGAGUAUUACUCAGUGUAUAAAACAGUUGUUAGUAACCUUCCUAGUAUGAUCAAUCUUGUAGCAAUAAGUAUGAGAUAUAUAACAUUGAGUCAUGAUGAUACUACUACAUUUUGUAAUUUUCUUGAGAGAACCAGUGAUCUUGCACAAAUACAUCUUGAGUCUGUUAAAUGUGAGUGUAGGAAGCAGCAUGAUGUACAUUUAUCAAAACAUCAACAACUUCAGUACCUUUUUUUGAAUGAUGAUGUAAGUGUGAUGGAUGCUGAUACUACUAACCUUGAAAUAUUUAAAUUUAGUGCAUUGAAAGAUAGUAAUUAUGAGAAAAUAUUUGAUAUUUUUAGAAAAUCUUACAAAUUAAAAGAACUUGAAUUGUAUGGAGAUUGA